GCUCCGCCGCUGCCAUGAUUUGCUGAGCAACUCGACACUGGCUUCAAAGAUGCGUGUGUGGAGGAGGCAGCGGUAGAGAGACGGAGACCGAGGACGGAGGAGAAGUUACAAUAACGGGUGGGACACACACAGGCGGACAGAGUGUGUGCGCACCGGGACGGAACGCUUUUAUCCAAACACGCGGACUCCAAACUUCCCCCGAGAAAACUCUCCGCUACCUCAACUCCGCUGUAGACCAGGGGGAGUUGUCGCACCUUGGCCCCGAAGCCUGCGCAGCUCCGCGGCUCUGAAAAGUCUCCUUCCCCCUCCACCUCCGGCUGUUUUCAUGUUCCACCCGUCGUCUCGCACUUUGAGCCCGUGUCUAAUGGAGGGCCCCGUACGGAUUUGCCUCCAGAAGAAUGCGUUUUGCUGCUAAUUCACCCGACGGCUCGCAGCUUUUGCCCUCCUGCAAGAGAGGUUUGCUGAACAGACGGGAGUGUUUGCGCUGGGCAACACGGCUGCUGGCAGGGGUCAAAGUGCACCAUGGACAGUGGCCUAAGGGUCCUCCUGUCCACUGUGCUGUGUCUCAGCCAGUCCCUGAUUAUCAGCUGCUCAUCUCAGUAUCCUUAUUUCCGCUCUGAACCCGCCUCCCUGGUUCAGAGUCGAGGCUCCGUCGCUCGUCUGCACUGCUUAGUAAGUCCUCCGUCAGCAGUGGUUUCCUGGCGCUUUAGAGGUCUUCCCCUGGAUCAGGACGCCCUGCCUGGUGUGGAGCUCAGCGAGGGCUCCCUCACCAUCUCCUCCCUUAAGCCCAGCCAUGCAGGCGUCUAUCAGUGUGUGGCACAGUCCGACCGCGGGCUGGCCAUCGCCAGCCGCCUCGCACGCGUGGCCAUAGCAGAAAUCUCAGAGUAUGGAGAUGGCAGACGGCGGUCGUUAUCAGUGCAGGAAGGCAGCACUGUUCUUAUAGAGUGUCCUCUGCCGCACAGCGUCCCUCCAGCCCUUCCCAGACUAAGAGUUCGAGGGGAGCGGAUAGAAGUGUCCACAGAUGAAUAUUUAGUUCUUCCAUCUGGAAAUCUUCAGAUUAUCUCUGUGUCGGCCCAAAACCAGGGCAUGUAUAAAUGUGGUGCGUUCAACCCUGUUACCGGGGAAACCGUCAUGCAGCCUCAUGGCACUAAACUUUCAGUGAAGCAUUCGGACUCCUCGGCCCCUGUGCGGAUAGUUUACCCCACCGCCCCAAGGACUGUUUUGGUGCAGCAGUCACAGCCGCUGAUACUGGAGUGCGCUGUGUCUGGUAGUCCUGCACCGGCAGCCAGAUGGUUUAAGAACGGUAAGGAGGUCACGCCGGGGCCUUCUCACCAGCGACGGCACAACAACCUGGCCUUUGGCGCGGUGGCGAGGGGAGAUGAAGGGAGCUACACCUGUGCUGCUGGGAGCGAGCAGGGCACUGUGACCUCCGCUAACUAUACUGUGAAAGUUCUUGAGCCUGUGUCUAUAACAGAGGGUCCGACCAACCAGCAUAUCCCUCCUGGCUCCUCCGUGCGUUUUACCUGCGCAGCGAAAGGAAACCCUUCCCCAAACAUCACCUGGCUGUUCAACGCUAACCCCGUCACCCCGUCGCAUCGUGUUCAGAUCUCUGGAUCCUCACUCGUUAUUACAGACGUGACACCACAGGAUGAGGGCGUGUUUCAGUGUCUGCUGGACAAUGGGAUCAGCUCUGCACAGUCAUACGGGAUACUUACGACGCAGUCAGAUCCUCAGCUGGGCUCCACUGCCGGUGUGCUGCUGGAGGCCUCACCAUCGCUCAACCCCAUGCAGAGCGACGAGGGCCACGAGCGCUUCCUGACCGAAGACGAAGGCGGCGCGGUCAACCUGCCGGCCGAUAGAGGCGCUGACCGUCCUACUCCAGAGGCGCCGAUCAUCAUCAGCCCGCCUCAGACCCACAAGCCCGACAUGUACGACCUGGAGUGGAGGGCUGGCCGCGAUGGAGGGAGUCCAAUCAACGCCUAUUUUGUCAAAUACCGUAAGGUCGAUGAAAUGGGAACAGUGGUGGGGAGCUGGCAUACGGUUCGUGUCCCUGGCAGUGAGAAGACCCUGCGGCUGUCGGAGCUGGAGUCCUCCAGUCUCUAUGAGGUGCUGAUGGUGGCUCGAAGUUCAGCGGGCGAGGGCCAGCCAGCCAUGCUCACCUUCCGCACCGGCAAGGAGAAGAGCACCACCUCCAACAAGAAUCCGUCCAAGCCUCCCGUCAUCUCCGUGCCCCCGAAGGCUCCGGAGGACAAAACCCCCAACACGCACUUUGGCGUCGUCAUACAUGACAGAGUCCCCGAGGCUCCCGAUCGCCCCACCAUCUCCAUGGCGACUGAAAGUUCGGUGUACGUCACCUGGAUCCCGAGAGCCAACGGCGGCUCUCCGAUCACAGCGUUCCGUGUGGAGUACAGGCGUGGCCGCAGCGCAGAGUGGGUCGUUGCUGCGGAUAAUAUCUCACCUCUCAAACUGUCCGUGGAAGUUCGCAAUCUGGAGCCCGGCUCCACCUACAAGUUUCGCGUCGUGGCCAUGAACAUGUACGGCGAGAGUCCUCACAGCAUCCCCUCGAAGCUGUACCAGGUGCCUCAGGCCAGCCCGCGUAUCGCAGACCGCCCUGUGGUCGGACCUCACAUCUCAUCCACAGACGCCAUCAGCGACACGCAGAUCAUGCUGCGCUGGACUUAUAGUCCCUCGAGUAACAACAACACUCCAAUCCAGGGCUUCUACAUUUACUACCGGCCCACAGACAGCGACAACGACAGCGACUACAAAAGAGACGUGGUCGAAGGUGUGAAACACUGGCACAUGAUUGGACAUCUCCAGCCCGAGACCUCCUAUGAUAUCAAGAUGCAGUGCUUUAAUGAUGGCGGAGAGAGCGAAUACAGUAACGUCAUGAUCUGUGAGACCAGAGCACGUCAGUCCCCGGGGGCGCCCAGCCAGCACCCCAUCACCCCACCCGGCCCCCACCCGCAGGAGCCGCCCAGCCCACCUGGAGGACUGCUGUACCUGAUUGUGGGCUGUGUUUUGGGAGUGAUGGUGCUCAUCCUGCUGGCUUUUAUCGCCAUGUGCCUGUGGAGGAAUCGGCAGCAGAACAACAUGCACAAGUACGACCCCCCCGGCUACCUGUACCAGCCAGCAGAGAUGAACGGCCAUGUUCUCGAGUACACAACGUUGCCCGGCUCCAGCCGCAUCAACGGCGGCGUCCACGGCGGCUACGGACACAGUGGUCCCAUCUUACCCCAGGGGUGCCAUCACCUCCAUCACAAGCUCCCCAACGGCUUGGCCCUGCUCAACGGCACCGGCAGCCUGUUCUCACCCGGACACCCGCACAGCCACGAUGGCACCCUGCCCCACAGCACCCGGGACUGCGAGCACUCGCACCCACACCACCACCAUAACGGUGGAGGCUUGUACACAGCUCUUCCCCAAACAGACUCAUCUGACUGUAUGAGCUGUCAGAACCUCUGCAACAACAACAGAUGUUACAACAAGACCAAUGGCACUUUCUCCAGCGGCACUCUGCCUCUAAUGCAUCGCGUGGCGCCUUGCCAGCAGGACGGCCUGGAGAUGGUGCCUCUGGGCCAGGUUUCAUCCCAGUGCCACGGCCCCGACGGCCAGAUGCACUCUGGUGACCAGGGGGCCGACGCAGGGUACCGGCCAGACGAGCACAAGGAGUCCUCGCCCUCACAGCAUUCCUGCUGUCUGGUCGGGAACAAUGAAAACUGUCCAGCAGACAACACUGCUGAGGAGGAGCUGGAGUGCGUGGACACGGAGGGGCCUGUGGUGUGCUGGGAGAGUCUCGGCCUGCCAGACUUGGACUGUGACGAAAAGCCUGGGUGGAUCUCCAGCAGCAGCCUGGCGGGAGAGCUGAUCCAGCCCAGCCCACAGGAGGUCUGAACGCAGCCCACACACAAACAGGCUCUCCUGCAGCUUGGAGAGUUUAGCGAAACGAGGAGACCGACUGAGAGACUGGUGGAAAUGUGACAGAGGAAGGAAGAGUUCCUGCGACGGGAUAGUCAGAGACACUGCAAGCUACGGUGACAAGGACACAAAACUCUCGAUGGACUGAGCUGAGAAGAGCGGCGUGGGACAAGCGAGCGACCACAAGAGACUGAGAACAAAGCCAGAUGGAGCGAAACACAAAGAGCAAAAGAAACGUUGCUCGAAGACAGAAACUGUAUCCCACUGGAGGGAAGACUCUUGUAAAAGAUCAAAAACUCUUUAGAUGACUUAUUUAUUUUUUGUAGUAGUAAAAUAUUAUUUCAUAUGAAUGUAUCUGUUUUUAAAGGAAAAAAAGUUUGUCUUUUAUAUUAUUUAUGCCUUUUGGAUGAGAAAUACUUUUUAUUUUUUGUUGUUUUGUCCCUUAGCAAUUGUCCGUGUAAAGUUUUGUAAUAAUAUAAAGAGAAGCUAUGGAAG